AUGGCCGCUCCAACCCCUGCUGCGAGGCACGAGCUGCUGCCUGGGCUCCGCCCUCGCUGUGCUCGCGCGUGGCCUACGCUGCUGGCAGCCAGCUCCACCACCGCCUGUGCCUCGCGCGUGGCGGACGAUGCUGGCGACGAGCUCCGCCCCGCCUCGCCAUGGCUCGCCCCGCGCCGGCGACCUCCGCCCCGCCACGGCUCGCCUCGCCCCGGCGACCUCCGCCCCGCCCCGCCCCUGCCCCGGCGACCUCCGCCCGCCCCGCCUCGCCCCGCCGUGGCGCGCCCCCGCCUAUGCCCGCCCCGCCAUGGCUCGCCCCGCGCCGGCGACCUCCGCCCCGCCACGGCUCGCCCUCGCCCGGCGACCUCCGCCUCGCCUGCCCCGGCGACCUCCGCCCGCCCCGCCUCCGCCCCGCCCCGCCAUGGCGCGCCCCGUCGUGCAAGCUCGCCGUGGGCGGCGGCUUGGCGAGCGGCAUGGUGGCCGGCAUGCGCGACACGGCGUGUCAUGGCGCGGGCGCGGGCACGAGCACACCCGUGGCCGACGCGGCUCCGUCCGUGCACGCUCGUGCCCGUCCCCGUCCGUGGCCGACGCGGCCGACCGGAUGGAGGCGCGGCCCCGUUCCUCGCCUCGAGCACGGCCCCGUCCGCCGCCGCGCCCCCGUUCGAUGCCGCCGGCGUCGCUUGA